CCGAUCGAUACACGACACUGUCGAAGCCUCGCCCCACACACUCUACAUAUAAAGACGAUAUAGUCAACCCAAACUCCACUUCUCCCAGAGCACCUGCGAGCAUCGCAGAUCCGCACAGGCUCAGGCAUGUUCUUUCCUGCGCUUCUUGUGCUGGGCGUCUGCCUGGCUCCUGCCCAUUCCACUCCUACAGGAGAACAUCUCGGCACCACUCUCCUCGACCAGUGUUUUAAGGAGGCAAAGGAACUCGUCGAUUCUGCUUACAAGUACUCCCGAGAAGAGAGUCUGAGACGAGUCCGCAGGGAGGUGGUCCGUCCUCACGAUGCUCUCCGUCUCCUCAAGCAGCCCAGCGGUGACACGCGCACGGCUGUGCGAUCCGCAGAUUACAUGGCACAAACCCUGCGUCUGCUGCACGAGAAGAGCCAUCACGUGCACAAACGCUCGGUCAAUGUAACAGACUUGCUCUCCCCAGAGGAUCAGGCGAAGCUCUCUCAACUCACUGGAUGUGCAGCUCAAGUCCGAGUUCCAUCAUGCAACACCACACCGAACCUCAACAAGUAUCGCACUGCCGGCAGCGUUUGCAACAACCUAAAUGACCCUCGCCGCGGCGCCUCAAACACCGCCUUUGCCCGCUGGCUACCUGCCGAAUAUGAAGACGGGGUCUUUCUGCCAAAAGGCUGGACUGAAACCCGAAGGAUCAACAACUUUGUCCUCCCACUGGUACGACUGGUGUCCAACAACAUCCUGAGCACAACAGAUGCUGGCGUCGUCAACGACACCGAAUACACUCACUUGGUGACCCUGUUCGGUCAGUGGAACGACCACGAUCUCACCUUCACACCCUUCUCCCCCAGCAUCCGCUCCUUUAGCAGCGGGAUCAACUGUGAUGAGAGCUGCGAGAAGACCGAGCCGUGCAUCCCCAUCCCGAUUCCUCCCGGUGACCCCCGCUUGCCCACUGGCCCGGACAGCUGCAUCCCUGCGUUCAGAUCUGCUCAGCUUUGCGGGACGGGAACCUCGGCCUACAAUUUUGGUGGGUUGCCCAACAAAAGGGAGCAGCUCAACACCCUGACGGCCUUCCUGGAUCUGGGCCAGGUGUAUGGCUCCGAUGAGAAGCUUGCCCUGUCUCUGCGUGACCUCCAAAGUGAUGGCGGCCUUCUGCGCGUCAACACGGAGUUCAAAGACAACAGGCGCGAGCUGCUGCCCUUCAGCCCCCUCAAUCCAAACAUGUGUGCCACUCGCAAAAGUAUCACCAACGACUCAAAUGCCAAGGAGGUGCCCUGUUUCCUUGCCGGUGAUGGCCGCGUGGUCGAGAACAUCGCACUGACGUCCAUUCACACACUGUUUGUGCGCGAGCAUAACCGCCUAGCCCGUGCACUGAAGAAACUGAAUCCACAAUGGGACAGUGAGACACUCUACCAAGAGGCUCGCAAGAUCAACGGCGCCUACACACAGGUGUUUGUGUUCAGAGACUACCUGCCCCACAUUGUGGGUGACGAGGCGAUGCGCAGACAGCUGGGCCGUUACCCCGGCUAUGACCCCAACGUGGACCCCAGCAUCUCAAACGUCUUCGCCACCGCGGCCUACCGCUUCGCCCAUUUAGCCAUCCAGCCGAUCUUGGGCCGUCUGGAUGAAAAUUACAAUGAGAGUCCUCGUUUCCCCAGUGUCCCCUUGUUCAAGGCCUUCUUCACACCCUGGAGGGUCGUCUACGAGGGUGGCAUCGACCCUCUGCUCCGUGGUCUGAUUUCCCGUCCUGCUAAACUGAACACUCAGGAUCACAUGAUGGUGGACGCCCUCAGGGAGAGGCUGUUCCAGUUUGUUAUGCAUCUGGCUUUGGACCUGGGCUCUCUCAACAUGCAGAGGAGCCGUGACCACGGCUUGCCUGGCUACAACGCAUGGCGCGGGUUCUGCGGCCUGUCUCAGCCGAGGAAUGAGGCUGAGCUCGCUCAGGUCAUGAACAACCGCGACCUGGCUCGCAGGCUGCUUCAGCUCUACGGAACGGCCGACAACAUCGACAUCUGGAUGGGCGGCGUCGCCGAACCGUUUGUCCGUGGCGGCCGCGUGGGGUCUCUGUUCUCUUGCCUGAUCGCAACGCAGUUCCAAAAGAUCCGUCAGGGUGACAGGCUGUGGUACGAGAACCAGGGCGUCUUCACCGCGGCUCAGAGAGCGGCUCUGGCCACGGUCUCUUUUUCCAAGGUCAUCUGUGACAACACCGGCGUCACCUCAGUUCCCACUGACCCCUUUAGAGUGACCUCUAGGACAAACCGGCUGGUCAGCUGCGCCAGUCUCCCAAGCCUGAACCUCUCUGCCUGGAGAGAAAGCUGCUCAGGCCCGCCUGGUAGCUGUAAUAAAGAGACUCUAACUAAAGAGGAGCAGGCCCUCCUGGACAACAAGGUUGAACCCUGAGGCUUUGCUGGGAAGAUAGUAAUCAAUCUCAAUGCUUCAGAGAAGACGGCGUGCUGCAGGGUUAGCAAAGAACCAUCUGUCAGAGCACGAGCGGCUGCAUCUCAGGGAACCUGGUCUUUGCCCAGACUACACUGAUCUUCAAUUUAUGUUAUUUUCUAUCUAUUGACUUUCUUUGCUAUGGUACUGAACACAACUGUAUGUUCCUCAUGGUCUAACAAAUAUUUGAUAUUAAUUAAGCUGUGUGCUGAACAUUACGCUUUUAUCAAUUUGUUACAUUGUUAGCUCUAUUGGCUCACCAUUACUUUUGGUAAUGACGUUUACUUCAGUCGUAUUUCCUGUUCUAUUAAACUUUUUUUUAACUGGG